UUGCAGCAGGUCUGGCCAUGGCAGCAAACCUCCUCAUGGCUUUUUGGAUCACUGCAUCCUUCUCCCUGUAUUUCUCGUUGCAGGGAGUAAAUGGCUGGCAUGAUCUGGACAACACAGAGUUCGAUUGUUGGCCGCUCAACAGUCCAAAUGAUUACAACAUGAUUAAUUGUGGUGGUCUGGAAAUGGCGUGGGUGCAGCGACCCCCGGAGAAAGUUACCAACGGGGAGGAGUUCAAUGUCACAUAUACAGUGACGGCGUCAGAUUCCUUCUACGAGUAUGCAGUCAGGAACAAGCUCUUCCAGUUUAGCGCCGCCUCCGAGGCAAAGAGGUUCUGUCAUGAGCACGAGUGCCCGUCAAACUGGAACAACGCUAACGAAAUGAACUGCUGUGUGUAUCACGCCAACAUCCACUCCUGUCCCCUCGGCCUCAUGAAACACGGCGGAAUUUGUGGCCCGUGGAUUCCUGACGAUGGUAAAAUAGUGACUCACACUGUUUCCAAAGCAGGCAAGAUGGCACAGAAAUACUGGACUUCAAAGGUGGUGCUGAUCCAUGUGGGAGUCACCUCGAUCAUUGCUCAUAUCAAAAUAGGACGGAUGCACGCAGCACUGGAGUCCAAAGUACUUGUCGUCAGUGCCCAAGUGUGCGGCGAUGACGUGUGUGAGCUGGAGGAGAACUGUCUCACCUGUCCUGCAGACUGUGGCAUCUGUCCAAUGUCCAUCACUAUCAAAAUAGCCAUCGGGCUUCCUGUCGCCCUCUUCAGCAGCGGCUUCAUCCUCACCAUGGUGUGGCUUCAGUACCAGAAACAGAAGAUGUUUUGGGAUGAAAGCUGGAUCAUCAGCUACAAGAACAUAAUAUUUGGCAGAGAAUGCUGGAUGGGCAUGGGCAGCACCAUCAGCCAACAGUGUGCCAAGAGUCAGUCCACCAUCAGUCGAACCACAGACGUAACUGUGUGCACCGGACUCAGCAACUCCUUCAAACCAGGAUUCAUCCAGCCAGGCAUAUAUGAUGGGAGGACGGUGGCAGUGAAACACAUCCAGAAGAAGCAUUUCACUCUGUCCAAAAUUAUCAGGAAGGAGGUGAAAGAAGUCAGACAACUGGACCAUCCCAAUCUAUGCAAGUUCAUUGGUGGCUCCAUCGAGGUGCCGUACGUGUGCAUCAUCACAGAGUAUUGUCCCAAAGGAAGCCUGUCUGAUGUCCUGCUCAAUGAUGACGUCCCCAUCAACUGGGGCUUCAGACUUUCCUUUGCCACUGACGUCGCCCGCGGGAUGUCUUACCUCCACCAACACAGGACGUUUCAUGGGAGGCUUCACACCAGGAACUGCAUCAUUGACGACCGCUGGGUGUGCAAAAUCUCAGAUUUCGGGCUCAUAGCCUACAGGAAAGAGGACUUUGAGGCCUUCAACAGUGGCUUCAACUGUGUGGAUAUAAAUCGUAUUUACUGUGCUCCAGAGGUGCUGCUCGGAAGUGGCUCCAGUAUGACACCAGCAGCAGACAUCUACAGCUACUCAAUGAUUCUGGUUGAGAUUGCAACUCGCUCUGACCUCAUUUCAGAGCAGGCUGAGGGAGUGAAGGUGGACAUCAUGUGGCGCCCCCCUCUGCCUGAGGUCAAAGCAGGGAAGGCAGAUACUGACUGUCCCAGUGAAGUCCACUACUGUGAGCUCAUUAAGAAGUGCUGGUCCCACAACGUCACCAUGAGGCCCACGUUUGAGCAGGUGAAAAAGAUGCUCGACAAGAUGAACCCACAUAAAGUCAGUCCAGUGGACAUGAUGAUGAACCUGAUGGAGAAGUACAGCAAACAUCUGGAGGCCAUCGUGGCAGAGAGAACACAGGACCUUCUUCAAGAGAAACAGAAGACGGAUCGAUUGUUGUACAGUAUGCUGCCAAAGCCAGUUGCUGAUGACCUCCGCCAAGGUCGAACAACAGAAGCUCAGAGCUUCUCCAACGCCACUGUCUACUUCAGUGAUAUUGUUGGAUUUACUCAGCUGUCUGGUGCCAGCACCCCCUACCAGGUAGUGAACUUCCUUAACCAGCUCUACACCACCUUUGAUGACAUUAUUGACAAUUAUGAUGUCUACAAAGUGGAGACGAUCGGCGAUGCUUACAUGGUGGUCUCUGGGGUCCCUCAAGAAAAUGGCAUCAAUCAUGCUGGAGAGAUAGCCAGCAUGGCCCUGGAUCUGGUCAGCGUCUGCCACAAUUUCAAGAUCCCCCACAAGCCCAACACACAGUUAAAGAUCCGUGCUGGCAUCCACUCAGGACCUGUCGUGGCUGGUGUUGUUGGCACCAAAAUGCCACGUUACUGCCUCUUUGGAGACACUGUCAACACAGCGUCCCGGAUGGAAUCAACCAGUGAAGCUCUGAAGAUCCAGGUGAGUGGUGCCACAGCAGACCUGCUUCACACACUCAGAGGUUACGUUCUGACCUGCAGAGGAACACUUAACGUGAAGGGAAAGGGGGACAUGACAACUUGGUGGCUCGAGGCAAAGAGAGACAAUCACACAGACCCACUGCUCAGAUCGUCUGAAUCUGGAGGAGUCCCAGUACCAGUCAGUAACUGAACCUGGAGGUAGACCCAUGGAAGGACAGUGUGUAAAAUGUAGUGACAUUCAAUGGAGAGGUUGCAUGUUGCAGCUAAAUAUCCGUCAUCUCAGCCUUCCCUUCCAAGUGUGUAGGACAAUCCCUGUAGCCUUCAGUUAGCAUCAGAUUAUUAUAUAAUUAUAAAUAUAAAAGGCUCAUUCUAGAGUAAUGUAAAACAACUGUUCAUACAAUUCACAAAUUAAGUAUUUUAUCUUCAAUUUCUGCCAAAUAAAAAUAAUUUCACCAAGAUUUUACACACUGGACCUUUAAAUGUGAUGAGAAAAAUGUGUAUUAAAUGUAGAUAAGUGUAGGUAUUUAAAUUGACCAGCUGAUGUAAUAGUGCUUGUGUCUGACUGUGUUCAUUAUCAUAGUAGUGUUGAUUAUAGUUCUAUCUCUAUGAGCAGGAGUCACAAUGAAAAGCAAACCCUACUACUACUACUACUACUACUAAUAAUAAUAAUUAUAAUAAUAAAGGAAAUGCACAAUAUCUACAAAAACAAAAACAAAAACAAUAGCAUUUGUAACAUGAUUGCCUAGGACAUGGUUAUGUAUACUUUGCACUUGUUGUGAAGAAUGUAUAAGAAUAUGCAGAACAAAAGUCAGAGCUGUCACAUAUUGUCUUAAUAUUAUGGUAUGUAGCUUUAAAUUUGUAGCUUUGCAAUCUGAGGCACUUUUUUCUGUUUUCUGAUCAAGUAUAAGUUGUGAUAUUCACUGCCUGAAAUGUACGACAACUCUCACUUAUAAUGAGUCAAAACUGUUUUCAGUGCAUUUAAAUAGACAUAGGCAUUUAAAAAAAAUAAAAAUAAUGGAUGUACAACUAAUUUGGCAUAAAUUGUUUUAUUACAGCUUCACCAACUCAAGUGAACAAGUGAUUUA